UAAAACGCUCCUGUCUCGAAUACGCGGUCUCGUCACUCGCUGCGCGGACCAAGCGGAGCUCACACCGACAUCGAAGAACGCAUCGCAACCGUUCGUCGUCGCCGAAAGUUUUCCCGUUAGGAGACUCACGUUUUCACGACACGACCCGCGGUUUCCCAAAAUGCAGAGCCCGCUCGCCCAGCCCAGGAUCUGGAUCCUCGUCCUCCAGUUCGUCGUACUCUUCGCACCUUCCCACCUCUACCCAGUUGAGGAUCAAGAAAGUGAAGCGGUAUACCGAUCAAGUAAUGGACCCAGAGUUCCACAUCUCGAAAGGAACAGGUACGAGCGACCGACCCAGUUGUACAACGACCCGUUGUUGGACCAGGCCCUGAACGAGGUGGAGUACACCCGCCACCGGAACCGUAUAGAACAUGGCUCGCCGGAAGCAGUCCCGGACCUGGAAAGUGGGUUUCCGCCGAGAUGCAUGGGGCUCACUUGCCUAGGAGAGGAAACGGAAAUGGGUGACGGUUUCCGCUUUUCACACGCACGGGGUAAACGCUCCGAAGUGGCCAUCGGUGGCACGGGCACGCUUGACAAGCUAGGGGGUGCUAAUCUCAUCCGGAAACGGUUCUUUCAACCGGAAGUCAGAAACAGAGAACCCGGUUUAGACGCCACCUGGCACUUGGGCCGCAACAACGCCGAGGACAGGGAUUCGAUCGCGGUAGACUUCUCCAAAAGAGGCCUCUUCGAUAGCUUCUUCUCGACCCCUCGACCCAGUUUCGACUCCAGGGUCGCCAAAGAACACCCCUUCCUAGCUACCUCUCAGAGCGGCUUGUUCAAAGAUUACAACUCCCUCCUUCAGAUCACCCCCGCGCCCCCGACGCAAAGCUCUUUCAGCCUUGGUAAUCUUUUUUGGGGCGGACAGACGAGCAAGAGGACCGGGCACUUGGACCGACUUGGAGGUGCAAAUUUGGUCAAGCGACGAGAUUCUGAUGACGGGUAUUUUGAGUCUGUAGGAGGUGGAUCUCAGGAAAAUGGUGUUCAGGGUCCGCGUGUUUUUUUGGGAGACGAUAAACUGAGUUUGGCGAAGAGCCGGAUACACAAUAAGCCCAGUGAAGAUGGAGAGGUGCUUUUUGACUUUUUGAAAGGUACUGUUGUUGGACAAGAUGGGGACUCUGUCGACUUUGGUUUCAUCCAUGGGGAGCCCUACCUUAAGUCAUCUCGGGUGGACUCCAGGAUUUCAGGAGACAAUCCCUUCCAAGGGUUUUUAAGCAAUGAUUACAUCGAAAAUCUCGAGAAAUCAAAUUUGCAAAGGAGAGGAUACUUAGAUUCCCUCGGUGGCUCGAACCUCCAGAAACGAAGAGUUCUUGACCAACUAGGUGGGCAAAAUCUCCAGAAGCGACUGCUCGAUAGCUUGGGUGGACAGAAUUUACAAAAAAGGGAGUAUCUCGACGCUCUGGGUGGACAGAAUUUACAGAAAAGAUACCGCGAGAGACAGUCUUUACGCAAGCGGUACCUGGACUCUUUAGGUGGACAAAAUUUGCAGAAAAAGAGUCAUUUGGAUUCCUUGGGGGGCCAAAAUUUACAGAAAAGAAAUUUCUUCGAUUUCUUGGGGGACUCUUCGUCAGACGAGGGGCUUGCCGGGGUUGUGAAUGAUACAAAUGGGCCAGGGAAUAGGGUAGACGAAAUUAUUUACGUUAGCCAUUCAGUUAAGAGGAAUGCAGGCAAUGAAACAACGCCUGAGGGUAUGGGGGCAGUGGCAAAAGUGGAGAUCAUUGGUGCACCGCAGCAAGGAGAAAAUAAAGAACUUUUCAGAGUCAACUUAAGUGAGGGCAAUAAUCCCACAAAGUUCACAGAAACUUCGAGCAGCCAAAACUUGGAUCCCUUAGGAGGUGCUAAUCUCAUCAGAAAUUUAGACGCUCUUGACGGCUAGGUAAACUAGGCUUCGAUCUAUGCUCAGAAAAAUCCGAUCAAAGAGUUAAAAGUCACGUCAACUUAAUAACACGAACAAAGACCGUCUGGACUAAAACAUUUUACGUUCAGAACAAAAAUAAUCUAAUUUUGAUACGCAACCUUGGCUCAUAUGAUUAAUUUCGUAUUUUGAUCAUUAAAAAAAAAAAAAAAAAAAAAAAAAA